CAUCAGACUCCUUAUUGGGUAGCUAACACGUCCUCGGAAAGAUGUAUUGCUUAUGUGAUGAAGAUGCCAAAUAGAAAUAUCACAAUCUGUACAAUGCAGACUGAGUCAUUUCGCAUUAUUCAUUUUUUCCCAUCCAUUGUUCAGUGCACGUUUAUCAAGCACCUUGUUGGGCAGUUGUGUGUAUUUAUUUUUUGUAUUCAGUUUACAAAAAGACUUGAGAUCCUCAAAGAAUUAUUUCAUGGCUGUUAUUCUUUUUGUCAAUACACCAAUAUUGACUGUUUUUCCUCCUACAAAAAUGCAUAAUAAUGUGGCGAUAGAUGGCUUUAUAGAAACGGGAGACAAGGGGCCACACUCCCAUCGACUGCUUGGUAAAUGCGUGAUUUCCAGUACAUCGUUUCAAUGGUACUAAAGGUGGGCCAAAGCGGGAACGUCCCCAGUCAACAAAAUAUCAAAAGUUCAGAUAAUGAAAAAUGCACCAAGAUGUAAGAGGACCUGAUAGGCUUGAUCAUCGUUGUCAUUUCUCAUAGUGGUUUUUCUGCUCCGUGGAGUACCCUUACUCGUAUAUUUAACAAACAUUUGAACAACUAUGAAUCCAGCUGUGUUAGAAUUGUCUGGGCAAUGUACAAAGAAAAGUGAGGAUAGGUGAACUGGACCUAAUCCUCACCUCAAGCCCUUUAAAGCUUCGUCUCGCUCAAAGAUCAUUGGGAAUGGCUGUGGGAACCGUCCUGCAAUAAAAAGGGACAUUUUCUCGAUUAUUAAGAUCAUUUAAAUGCAAGACUAAAUUUCCCAAAUCUUUUAUCUUGUGUGGUUUUAGAACUCCGUUAUUUAGUGAUUCAUGUACUAUCACACUUAAGGUUGCAGCUCUUGAGAUCUUUAUGACAAGUCUGUAUAUGACCUCCUCCCCAAAGAGCUCCAGCUCCAGCAGUCGUCCACCCAGACCGACCCAACCACCAUGAGCCAGAAGAGCGGGGGAGAGGCGGGGCCUCCUCCAUCGGCAGCCUUGGCUUCAGAUGCCACGUCUUCCACCUCCAGCCCCUCUGUCUCCUCCUCCUUGGCGAUGGGAGUUCCUUGCUCUGGUAUAUCCGCUGGCCCGUCCUCCGACCACCUCAAGGCCCCUCAGCAUCUUCACCCGGCUGGAGGGGAUGGAGUUGUAUCAUCAGAAGUGCAAGUCAUGGAGGGAGGAGCUGUAUCUGCUCCCAACAGGAGCAACAGCGGAGCAGGCGCUGCGGUGGGAGAUCCUGGGUCGGGGAUUUUGCCAGGGCUAGGAGUUCAGCAGCCUCAGAACACCCCAUCAAAGCGCAGGCCCGUACUGAGCAUAUCUCCGCCUCCCGAGGACCUGUUUGAUGACAGCCAAAUGUCCUGCCUCGAGGAGCCCACCGUAGCCAGCGCACCCGGUCCAGACUCCGAGCAUAGCAGUAGCAUGUGGGCUGAUGAGUCAGUUUCCAACUUCAGUUUGGUCAGCUCCUUCUCCUAUAACGACAACACGGAGGUACCACGCAAGUCGAGGAAGCGAACCCCUCGUCAACGGCCGGGCCCAAAGCCUGCUCCGCCGGAGGACAGCAUGGAUGUGUUUGAUGCUGACAGCGCCAAGGCACCUCACUUUGUCCUGUCCCAGCUUGGCCCAGACAAGACGAGUCCCGUGACGAGCUCUCGUGAGUCGGGGACAGCAGUGAAGGGUGGCUCGCUAUCUACUCAGUUCCCUCAAAGAUGCAACGGGAAGGAGCUAAAGAUGUUGGUGCAACCUGAGACCCAGCACAGAGCUCGAUAUCUAACUGAGGGCAGCCGCGGUUCCGUCAAAGACCGCACACAGCAGGGAUUCCCUACGAUCAAGUUGGAGGGUGUGAACGAGCCUGUCGUGCUUCAGGUGUUUGUAGCAAAUGACGCAGGAAGAGUGAAGCCUCACGGUUUCUACCAGGCAUGCCGAGUGACCGGUCGCAACACCACGGCCUGUACGGAAGUGGAAAUUGAGGGCACCACCGUGAUCGAGAUCCCUCUGGAGCCCAGCAACGACAUGACACUUGCGGUUGACUGUGUAGGAAUUUUGAAGCUUCGCAACGCCGAUGUAGAGGCACGCAUUGGUGUGGCAGGAUCCAAAAAGAAGAGCACGCGGGCUCGGCUGGCCUUCAGAGUCAACAUCCCCCAGACAGACGGAUCUGUCCUCACCUUACAAGUUCCCUCGUCCCCCAUUCUCUGCACCCAGCCAGCGGGAGUGCCAGAGAUCCUGAAGAAGAGUCUCCACUGCUGCUCAGUAAGAGGAGGAGAGGAAGUCUUUAUCAUCGGAAAGAACUUCCUCAAAGGAACCAAAGUUAUUUUUCAGGAGAAUAUUUCAGAUGAUAAUUCGUGGCAAGCUGAGGCCAAUAUUGACAUGGACCUUUUUCAUCAGAACCAUUUGAUUGUGACAGUUCCUCCCUUCCGUGACCAGUCAAUAACUUCCCCAGUUUCUGUGGGUAUUUUUGUGAUGACCAAUGCUGGUAAAUCACACGAAGCCCAACCUUUCACCUAUACUCCAGAAUCAGAUGAUAAUGCCGAUACCCAUGCAGUAAAGACCGAGGAAGCUUCCUUCAAGACCUGUAUGUUUGAACAUCAGAUCCAGUCCGUGUCUUCUGACCAAACGGACUGCUCUGGUCAGUCUGUCAAAAGGCAUGAGGACACGCCAAUGGAAGUGUCGACCAAUCCACAGCCUGCAAAUGUGUUCAAGCAAUCCCCGAGCCCGAUUGUCUCAGUGCAGCAUACACUUGAGCUCAGUUCCAGCCCUCAUUCAGGUGGUGAGUCCUUUCAAAGCUCAAUGCCUCUCCAACCCGAGGAUGUAGAGCUACCCCAGGCUCCUCCUGUCUUUUCUAGCCUUGAGUCUCUCAACUCAAUACAAAAGCAAGACAUUGCCCCUACAACGUCCUUCCCCAUGUCUGGAGAUCCAACAAUCCCCCCGGUGACACCAGAAGUCCCUCAGCAGUUCCUGAGAGACCCCCAGGAAAAUACCCCCCCUGAAAGUUCUAACAGUAAUGCGGUUGUGGUUGUAGGCAUGCCCCAAAUAGCGGGACCGCCACAGCAGUCACAGGUUCCCCUAUUUGCCCAGGAAGGCGUAGCCCAGCUGGAGAGGGCCGUAAGAGAGCUCCAGGCUGGGGGUAACACAGCACUGCAGCAGGUUAUAGAGGCAGCUGUAGCCCAACAGCAGCAGCAGCAGCAGCUAAACUCUGUGCUUUACAGUCCAGCUUCCUCUGCAGACUCCCUUCAACAGCAUGUCCAGGAGAACAUGAACAGCCUCAGGUUGGGAGCCACAGAUAAUUCACUAUCUCAACAGCAGCAGCUGCAGAUACAGCAACAGCAGCAGCAGGAGCAGCAACAACAGCAGCAGAUCCAACAGUUUCAACAACAACAGCAGCAGCAAAUGCAACAACACCAAAUCCUUGGCAACCUUCAACAGCAACAUCUCCAGCAGCAACAGCAGCAAGUCCUUGGAAACAUGCAGCUACAGCAACAACUUAUUCUACAGCCACAAGACCAACAGCAAUUACAGCAGCAACAAAUCCUAGAAAACAUUCAACAGCAACAGUUGCAACAGAAUCAACAAGUCAUAAACAACAUUCAGCUUCAGGAUCAACAACAAAAUCAAAUGCUAAGCAAUUUGCAACAGCAUCAGCUACAACAGCAACAAAACCAAGCGUUAAGCAACCUCCAGCAACAACAGUUGCAGGAACAGCAGGUUUUGGAGAACCUGCAGCAGCAGCUUCACGCGGAGUUGCUCCAACCUCAGAUCCAUUCCAAUCCCCAAGUGCAGCAGCCGGUCUCCCUCCUCCAGCAACCCGGUGAGAUGCUUACCAUCCAAACCAGCUUUCCAACGCAGCCUCCGUCGCAUACGUCCCCCCCACAGCAGCUUUUCCAGUCCCCCAGGCCAAUUGCAGAGACCCAGGGUUCCCAACAGCAGGUAGAUGCCACUCUGCUCCAGAACACACUGACAGUCCUGACAAGCGCCAGCCUCAACCCAGACCAGCAGCCCACCGCGUCAGCCCUGUACCUCUCGCCAAGCCCUCAGUCGCAGCAGCAGCAGCAGUUGACGUUCAUCUCCAGCAUGGAGACGUCCAGCAGCCAGCCCCAGCUGUUUCAUAACCAGCCUCAAGAUCAGCUUUCGCAAAUGCAGCAGCAGAGCACCCCCAUGGAGCAACAGCAAUCACCGCAGCAAAAUCAACAGUCAGCACAACUUUCCAUUGGCCAACAGAGCUCCUUGUUCCAAAGCAUACCCAACCACUCGCAGCCUAACCCAGUCUCCCAGAAUCAGCUCUCCCAACAACAGCGGACAGGUCUCCUCCUCUGCACUACAGAUCUGGAUCCCCAGACUAUCCUUUUCGGCACCCAGACCCAAGGCUCUGCCCCAAUGGGCACCAUCACAGUGGGACUUGCCCCGCCAGAAACGGCCGAGCCAAUGUCCUUCCAGGAUCACGGCUCCUUGGCUAACAACUCAACAUCCACUCAGAAUCAGCAGCAGAGCAUUUUCCAGGAACAGCAGCCCAUGCAAGUGAGCACAAGUUCUUCGAGCGUCCCAGACGGUCAACCCGUGGAGUUGUUCCUGCCCCGGGCCUCCCUGUCCAGCCUCCAGAGUACUCUCAGCUCACGGGAGCUAAGCAGUCAGACCGCGGCCCCCGGUACGACCAUCUUUGUGGUCCAGGGGGCUGUGGGCGUGGUGGACAGCCCUGGGCAGCACCCCCCAGAGCAGCUUUUCCAGACCAAUGACGGUGAAAAUGUGGCCCAACGAGGACCAGCGAACCUGUUUGUGUUUGGCAUCCAGAAUGACACUCCACGGCUGCUCAACUCUUCUGGCUCAACCCUUCCAGUUCAGAACCAGGCCCAGAACCCGGGUCACUUGCAGCCCAUGACCCAGGCGCCGUCCUCCAUGCACGGCAGCCUGCAGGCACAGAUGCAGUCCAGCUUGGAGAGUGCCAUGCAGACGAGCCUGCAGAACGCCCUGCAGGCCAACACCCAGGUGACCCUGCAGCCCGCUUUACAGGCCACCAUUGACACAAGCCUGCCGACUCCCAUGCAGACCAAUCUCCAGAUACAGAGCAGCUUACAGAACACAUUGCAGGGCUCCAUAUCGGCAGCAUCCGACAUGGGCAAAAUUGAGGACCUACUUGAAAGUCUACAGAAGCAGUGACGUGCGUUUGUGUGGACCACGUGGAGGGAAGGUAGCCAUGCGCACCGAAAGUCAGCAAGGCUUGCCGGUGCAUGGUGUUUUGUGCCAAUGCCCCAAGAUUUGAAAAUAAGUAUAUUUAAGAAGUAAAUAUCCCUUCCCCAAAAAACAACCCAAAUUACAAUCUUAUGUAACUCACUUUUAUUAACUAUUUAUCAUAAAUUAUAGCCUUUGUAUAUCCAUUGUCCUUGAAUCGAUGAAUCUGCCUUUUGUUAUUACCCCUCUUGCGGGAUCAGAGAGGCCUGUAAUAACUGCGUUAGCAGUAAAAAUGCAGUGUUUAGUUUUCAAGAGUGUUUUAAUAUUGUGGGCCUACGAGAGGGGGGCAAACCCACCUGGUUUUUGGAUGGAAAAACUGGAAGAAAGUGUCACAACUGUGGAACUUCAUCAGCGGUGAGCAGGCAAUGUUGCUAUAAGUUAGCCAUGGAUUAAAACAUACGACAGUAAAAAAAAAGAUAUAAAAGUUGGGCUGAAUCUCAUUUUCGUUGUGUGUGUGUGGGCGGGGUGAGGAAUUUUGUGGAGGUGAUGUUUGUGGAGCGUCUCAUUUGCUUUCUUUUAGUCCUUCAAGUCUGCUCUAACAGGAAACGCUCUUAUGAACAUUUGAAGGAAAGGCACUUUGAAAAUUGAUAGCCACAAAUGAUUUGCAGUGUACGCUACUUUAUUCCGGGGGCACACAGUAUGUUCCGGACCCAUUUGCGAAGAUCUACAAUCUAGGGAAACUGGAAUGAAAUAAAUCUGAUUUUGCCCCUCUCGUUCUUUUAAACAAACAACACUUAUUAAAACACUCUUUUGGUGUCAAGAAAUGGGAGUCGAUCAGAUCACGUCACUGAGGAAACAAACAGGCUGUGUUCCAAAUUAGAGGUGUGGGAGUGUACGUUGUUGACCACUCACAGUUGAAGUUGUGUAGCUGUAAAAGUGACAAAAAUGGUCAACCAAACGGUAGAAUUUCAUUUAUCGAGAAUCUGUUAUCUUGAUGCUAAAAAUUAAGCAAGGCCUGGACUGGCUAAAUUAAAUUCAAAUGAAUGUUAGGAGCAUUAUGAACUUGAAGCAGUAACCCAUGCAGAGCAUACGACAAGAGAAUUAAACAUGCGUAUCAAAACCAAAAUGUUCAUCCAAACCACGUAAUUUUGUCGAGCAACUAUCCGCUAUCUAAAUCCUAACACCAUAGACAAGUUGAAAAAAAUUUGCAUAGACGUGACAAUAAUUAUAACUCCAUGAAUCCACUCGGACCAGCAAGACGUACAAACAGAGCACAUAAUAAUAAUCUGCUCUGUGGGAAUAACGAUUAUGACUAUGUGGUAUAGCACGAAAGGCGCUCAACUCUAAAUUCCAACGUCCCCGAAUACUGUAAAAUGAAAAUCUGCAGCGUGGCAAAAGAUGAAUUGCGAUUUAGCAGCAGGGUUCAGCGUAAUCGUCCAAAUGUUACGAAGCACAUGCGUUAAACACUCCUCAAUGAGAUUGAACCCGGUUGAAUACUGUGACUUUUCUCGGUGUUUCCGUACAUGCAGGCCUCCAAACAACAAAUGAAGUUUGUGUAACUUGUUAUUUUUUUUUUUUUUUUUUUUUUUUACAUUUUUGUUUUUCUUUGACUCGAUGUGGAUAUAAACUUUACACUUGAGUGUUGUGUGGUUUUAUAGACAUUAUCUCAAGCACUUUAUAACCUCUUCUGUGUAACCAGCUAAUCCUUACAUCCAUCCAUCCAUCAAGGCAUAAAAAUGGAAGGCAGGGGGAGGGGGGGAAUGUUGUUUUUUUUUUUUUUUUUUUUUAAUUAAAAACAUAGCAGAGCGUCUUCUCAAUAGUUUGGACUUGAAGGCCACCUUACUAUUGAAACAUUUCCCAUGUUAUACUGUAUGAGAGAGUAUGAGGGCCACACUAAAUAUAUCCAUUUUAGAAUUGAAUUGCAAUUUUAUGACCUCAAAAAAGUCAGAAUCUCUAAAAAGCAAGUUUUAGUAUUAAAAGAACAGUCAAAAAUUCAAAGAAUGAAUUAAGACCCUUUACUAUUGCUUAAAAUAGGACGAUAUCUAGAUAUAUACAUAUAUUAUGAUAUAAGUGACUAUUCUUUUCUGAAAUUAUGCUAAUAUGAAAAGAAUCCAUCUUUAUUCUGGUAAAGUCUUUCCUCACUUAUUUUAAGAACAUUUUUCUGAAGCUGUUCCCUAAAAAAAAAAAAAUCUCCCUGAAAAAUAUCCAACAAUAUCAUAGUAACAGUACAACUUUAUUAUUAUAAUGUGUUUCUCAUGUUGGAAUUUUUUUCCCUUGUAAAAAGAUUUUAGUCCCCCAAAAUAUUCCUUUAUGUACUCCAAAAGUAAUUCUCAAAAGCAUUUUUUUUUUUUUUGGGUGGGGGGGGGCUUUUUCCUACAUAAAUGUUAGAAAAAAAUACUUUUCUGACAAAUUACUUAUUUUAAUCUACGAAUACCCCCAUCCCAAAAAAAAAUAUUUAUUAAAGUAAUCUCAAAAAUCUCAAUAUUACCCAUCAUGAAAAAUUUACUUUUCAUAAAAAUGUGCCCUAAAGAUAUCUUAAUUUAUUGUAGUAAGUCUGAUUUUAUUAGAUUUCUACUUGAAAAAUAUAUUUUUUUGAAAAUCUGUAAAUAUAAAAAUUUUCCCAAAAAAUUUGAAUCUGGUAACAUCACAACUUCCUUCACAGUCGUGCAUGUUUUUCUUCCAAAUAUUCCAUUAAAAACAGUCCUUUUUUUUUUUCAUCGCAACAGUCAUUUUUGUAAAAUUAAAAUUUUAAUUCAAUAUUAUGUCCACAAAAUUUUGCAACUGGUAACGUGAAUUUAUCCUCGUAAAAUUACAACACCUCCAUUGUCUUUGUCAUUGGGAAAAUUAUUUAUAUUUUGCUGAAAGGACUCCAACUUUAUUCUCAUUAAAUUUCAAAAAUAUGACUGCAAAUAUCAUCACUUUAAUCUUGUGAAGUUAACUUUAAUUCCUUACAAUAUUUUUUAUUUUUGAUAUUUGUUUCCCUCAAAAUAUCCCCAAAAUCUCAAGAGAAAUAAAUCCAUCUUUACAUAGUAACGGACAGAUUUUAUUCAGUUUUUUUUUUUUUUGUUUUUUUUUGUACAACAAAAUGUACAACUAUAUUAUCAAAAAAUUCUCCCCUCCUCGCCGUGUGGCCCAAAUACUGCUCAGUUGUCCAGCCCGGCAUGUACAUAACAUAUUGGUCAUUUUAAUAUUUUUUUUUUUCCCCCCCGCAGUUCUGAAUAGGCUUUUUACUGGUUUGAUUAGUUUUUUGUUUUGUUUUUUUUUUUGGGUACAUUUAUGUAACACUUUAUUGAAAUGAAGUCUUGUCAUCAUGUUCCUCUUUUUUGUUUAUACUAUUUGAAAUUUGUGUUUGCCCCAAGUACUGAAGAGCAGGCGAGUACCAUGUGACACUGGCACCUUCCGGACUUUUGUGAACAGCAACUGCGAUGACGGAGGUGUGUCCAUUUUGGUUCUGCGGUGCUACGUUGGGGCCCGCUAACAAUCAGUAAUAAUAUUUAUUGUCAUUCGGUUGUUGCUUUGAAGUAGUGGUCAAAAACCAAAGCUUCCGUCUUGAAAUUGUCUGGUAAAGCCCCGGUCGUUGUUUACUCAUUUCUACUUGCAACCCUAAUGUGUACAAGCGCAGAGGAAAGUGUUCAAGGUACUUUUAAGAACAUUUAGACCAAUUUGAUCAUUUAAAAAAAUGAAAUAAAAUCUCAACAUCACGCAACUGCACGUACUUAAGCAUAUCUCCAAACAAGAAAAACAAGUGUCUCGCUCAUUUGUUUGCAUUUUUUUUUCCACCUUUAUUCGAGUCCCACCGCAGUUUGUGAUCCAUUUUCAAAUAAAUUAUCUUUUUUAAACUUUUGUAUCCAUGUAUCAAAGUGUAAAGUAUUUUUGUAACUUCAAAAACACAAAACAAAAGUUGUUUGAUUCUCAACAGCGCAGAACAGCAUCAGUGCUAGUAUGUUGCCUGAAAGCUUGUGCGGGUGUUUUUGCUCAAAAGAAGUCCAGAGAACCAGAUUUUCUUUGUUUUAAUAUACCCGAUCUUGAUAUCAAGGGGUCCUCGGUUUACGAUGAAAUUAUGGUCAUACAGCGCUGAUUUAACAGGCAGGAAUUGCUACCUAAUAUGUAAUUAAUCACUAAUCUAUAGUAGUAAAGUCGUAAUUACAGUAAAUGUUUUUAGAAACAAUACAAUUUUAAAAAAUUACACCAUAACAUUAUUGCACCUGUCCAAUGUCCUCAAAACGUAUUUUUCAUCUUGCUUUAUGACUGGGGGGGGGGGGUUCAAUUGACGAUGUAGUUCCCAUCUUAAUUGCGGCAACGUAACUGGCAAUUUUGUACAUGAUGGAGAUGAAACACGGUUGUAAAUAUUUUUCAAAAAAGCAACUGUCAGACAGAACUGUAAACACUUGUUAACUUGGAAUUACUUGUAUUUUUGUGACAUGUUUGAAGACCUUAAUUUUUUUUUUUUUUUUUUUCCGAUAAAAUGUAUUGUCUUGUUGAAAUGCGAUACAGUGGAACCUCGCCAGUCGACAUGGCGGCCAUUUUGCGGGUCAGACAAAAUAAACACGGGAUAUGGUGCGUUUCUACACAGGUUCUUGAUGCUAAACUACUGCGCUAUUAUUCUUAGGUCUAACGAAAAUGCGAACAGCGACGUUAAAUGAGGUUUUAGUGUUGAAAAGUAUGAUUUUAAAAAAAAUGCCAUACAAAAUAACUGACAUCGCCAGUUCAUAAUACAUAAUCUUGUGCAGUGCACUGUUCGUCACCUGGAAAUGGAACGUCGUAAACCCGGGACCCCGUCUAAUAUCACAACGCCGCACGUACUACGUCAUCAGAUUGCGGUUCCUUCCUUAAUCCUCGGUCAUGCAUCUCAAAAGUGGCACUUUUUUUUUUUUUAAUAAUUUUGGGACUCAACCAGUAAACUGUAGGCCAGGGUAGCGCCCACCCGCCGGUGGCGCCUCCAAGCAUUCCAUUCCUCUUGACUAUAGGGGGAGCUAAAGAGCACAUUUUGAGUCGAGUAUGCCUCUUUCAAGCCAUACUAGAAGAACACAGGUGGGCUUCGGUUUCAUGAAUGUAAUUCUUUUUACCUCAUGCUGUGUGCACAUCAGACCAAUUUACACAGAACGUUUUGCGGCUAACGUGUUUGUCCGUUUUUGUUUUGUUUUGUUUUCUUAUUGUUGGUUUUGAAAAAGAGAGCCUCUUGACUGCGGCGUGGGGGAGGAACGAAAGCACACAAACCUUUAACCCACACUUUUGUCCUUCCCGCGUGUAAUAUUUAAAAGUGAAAGAAACUUGCAGGGGUUAUGUUGAAUUUCAAUGGUGGCGCUUUUAACAGAACUUUGUGUGCCUUGACAAAAACAAAACGGAAAAAAAAAAUUAACUCUGCUGUUUACUGUCUUUACUGUCCUUUCCCCCCUUAUCGCCUGCAUAUAUAUAUAUAUAUAUUUUUUUUUUAAAUACAGCCCACACUGGUUAUCUUUUAGUGCUAUUUUUUUUUCCCGAAACAACCAUUGCAUGAUAUCAUUCUACCUGUUUUU